AGCGAUUCAGCUAAUGGAUGGAUGGAAGGUAUCGAGAGCAGAUCGUUGUAUAAAGCAACUAGUGAGCGCCGGCGUGGGCACGGCUGACCGGACGGGCGGAGGUGCAGAGGAAGAAGGAGAAGAUGGAAGGACGUAAACCAGAGCGGUUGACCUGGUAGGAUGCCGAGUGACUCAUGUUCGAGCAUGGCGCGGGUGGUGUUCCUCCAUCCAGACCUGGGUAUUGGUGGAGCAGAGCGGCUGGUGGUGGAUGCUGCUGUUGCUCUGAAGUCUCGGGGAUGUAGUGUCCAGAUCUGGACAGCCCAUUACGACCCCACACAUUGCUUCUCUGAAACCCUAGACCUACCAGUGAUGUGUAUAGGUGACUGGCUUCCUACUAGUGUCUUUGGCUACCUGCAUGCCCUGUGUGCCUACCUAAGGAUGAUCUAUGUGGCGUUGUAUCUGGUCUUCUUUAGUGGUGUGGAGUAUGACGUUGUCUUCUGUGAUCAGGUGUCAGUGUGCAUCCCUGUGCUGAGGCUGUCCCGCCACAGGAAGAAGGUUCUGUUUUACUGCCACUUCCCAGACCAACUGCUGACCCAGAGGAAGUCAGCCCUGAAGAAGAUCUACCGAGCCCCCAUUGACUGGCUGGAGGAGCGCACCACUGGAAUGGCUGAUAUGAUUCUGGUUAACAGUCAGUUCACCGCAGGAGUCUUCAGAGAGACUUUCCAGAGCCUCAGAGGGGUCCAAACAGACGUCCUUUACCCCUCUCUCAACACGCAGACAUUUGACCAGCCAUGCAGCGAGACGCAGAGUCUGGGAGGGCUGCUGCCCGAGGGGACAUCCUGCCUCUUCCUCUCUCUGAACCGCUACGAACGCAAGAAGAACCUGAACCUGGCCCUGGAGGCCAUGGCUACCCUGAAGAGCCGCCUGCCCUCAGACCAGAAAACAGGCAUCCACCUGGUGGUAGCGGGGGGCUACGACGAACGGGUCGCAGAGAACGUUCAACACCACGCCGAGCUGAAGGAGCUGGCGGCACAGCUGGGCCUCGACGGCUGCGUCUCGUUCCUGCGUUCCCCCUCCGAUGCCUUGAAGGUGGCGCUGCUACGCGGCAGCACGGCGGUGCUGUACACCCCCAGCAGGGAGCAUUUUGGGAUCGUUCCCGUAGAGGCCAUGUACUGCCGCUGCCCCGUUGUCGCCGUGAACUCCGGGGGUCCGCUGGAGAGCGUGGAGGAUGCGGAGACGGGGUUCCUCCGUGAGCCCACCGCGGAGGCCUUCUCUGGGGCCAUGGAGAGGCUCGUCGGGGAGCCCCGACUCCGCAGGGACAUGGGAGAAGCCGGCCGAAGGAGAGUGCUGAAUAAGUUCUCACUGCAGGCCUUCUCAGACCAGCUUCACGGGUACAUCCUCAGGCUGACCUAGUGAUGCCAGCACAGGGGAAGAGACAAGAGACAGUGUUGGGUUGGGUUGGGGGGGUGGGCUCUCGGGUUGUGGAGGGUAUAACUAUGUAUAAAACGCCUCAGCGUGAGCUUGGAUGGAUUUCUCGGAAGAUGCAUCGCCUCAAUGCUGAACUGUUAGACAAAGAGUAAACUAAAUAAAUAAAUAAACGGUGCGUAGGCCGGUCCAUGGGUUGCGGCGGCGGGUUUGUUAGCACAGAGAAAUGUGUGUGUUUGUUUUUACGUACGAGUGUGUCUGAGGGAGGUGAUGAUGGGGGGGGGUAGGUGGAUGAAUGGGUGGGGAGAGAUAUUGUAAAGGCUCUGAGGACAAUUAAUCAGCAUUCCCCAGGAGGGGUUGCAGAGAGAGAAAAGGAUGGAACUCUCUGUACCAAUUAAGAAAAGAGUAACGAGUUUACCUAUCCUGCCCCUGGAAAAAUACCACCCCCUGUGUGUGUGUGUGUGUGUGUGUGUGUGUAGCUGUGCUGUUAGUACGUGCAACAACACUGCAACCAAGGGCCUAAUAAAUGAGCCAAGGGGAUUGAUUGGUGGAAUGAAAUGUUUUGCACUGUGUAUCCCCCCCCCCCUCCAUUCUACAGUAAGGCUUUGUCUGCGUGUACAUGGCAGUGGUGAAGAAUGUAGUAACCACCGUGUGCCAUCAGACAGUCCACAGCCGCCGGAUCGAUGAGCGAGAUGCUUCCCCCCCACUUUCUGUCCCCUCCGAGCCUCAUUCACUCGCGGCGAGCGGAGAACAUUGGCCUGUCCGUGACUCGAUGGCUGCACGGAGGUUAUUAGCGGAUCAUAGAGCGUCGGGCUUUAUUAGAAGUCUGGCUGACGGGCAGUGUGUCUGGGUCAUUGUCAGCGGGGAGAAUAGCUGAAGGUCAUUGUGUCUGCGUGGUCUCCGUCGCUCCGACCGCCCCACUACAGACACGCUCUUAUUGACAUCGCUGAAGUCUUGAUAAACAAGAGGACACAUAGUUUCCUCACUUCUGUGUGGUUUGCUUUGUUGGGGGAUUUUUCUUCUUCUUUUCUUUUUUUCUGGCCUUUAAUAAAUUUGCCGAGGCCUUCGUGGCUGAGAGAAGAGGCGCGGAAACGCCGUCGAUGUUAAAUCACCCCUUUGCUCUUUUCAUCGAACAGAUUUGGGCGUGCCUCGAGUAAUUUGGGAAACGUUCUCGGGGCCGAGCGACGAGGGAGGGCAUUGUGUCGGGUGAAGUAUUUACUUUGCUCGUUAACAAAUUCGACGAAACUGCAUGCGAGAGGGCCGCGAUAAUGCUGCACACUUUACAUCUUAAAUCUCUCGUCUCCACCCAGCUCUGCGUUGUCCUGUCAAAGGCUGGAGUAGCGUGCGUGUGACCUCUGCCCUUUUUCUUGAAGGGGAUCUGCAGGAAACCAGAAGUAAUCAUUAAUUGGUAAAUUAGAGGGUG